AUGGAUACAAUGUGCAGCUUGCGGAAGAUGAGCCAUGAAUUUGGAUGUGGUGAUCACCAAUCAAACGUGAGCACAAUGCAGCGACAGCAACAGAAUGGAAACUUGGACGAAGCUUUGAUUGAAGUGAUUUCAUUUUCAGGAUCACCUAGCCUUACAGAGGUUUCAACAGCAAUUUUCAUCAUCUGUCUUGAAAGAAUGCCGAAAAAGGAAACAUAUUCUGGUCAAUUUGUGUCAAAUAUUUAA